CUUCAGUUCUGUCAUUGUCGCUUCCUGUGUUCGCUCUUGAGGUAUCCUUGGCGCCGUUGGCGUCGUCCAUUCGUUUUGUUCAGUGACGCAAACCAGCGUCGUCCAUUCCUUUGAUACCUUAUCUUCCUUUCUUUAGCUGUCAGCACUCUGCAAAAUGGCACGUUCUUCAGCAUGGUUAGUGCUGCUGUUGGCAGUCUUCUUCCAGGCUAUGCCUCAAGCUUCAGCAGGCCCUCCCGGAAGACCCGGUGCUCCAGCUCCAGCUCCCGCCCCUCCCUCUCACCAACCUGCCCCUGCGCCUGCUCCUGCUCCUGCUCCAGCUCCAGCUCCAGCCCCAGCCCCGGCGCCUCAACACAAUCCAAGCACUCCCAGCAAGGCUGACACCACCAGCAAGGCAGUGGUGACAACACCAUCACGUCCUUCCCAACCCGCUCGAGUCUCGUACUCUGGCGCAAAGAUAGUUGGCACGGCCCAAUUGCCAGCGUCGUUGUCGACAGUCAUAUUCGCUCAGGGUGCGUCGAGCACCGACAUUCCCAAGCAUAGCGGAUCUCUCGGAAUCAAUGGGCUCCCUCAGAGCAAGACCAACGGUAAUUCCCUCCUCGGCACGCUAUGGGCACCUAAAUACGACAGGUAUAUUGGAGAUGCACCAGGCCAAUGCAACUCCACCGUGGCACCAGCUGGGGGUUUCCCUUGGGGAGACCGAACAGCAAGCGGCACUAAUCCGUACACAUCAGCUCCCGUCACCGGUGUCGUUCGCUCGUACAACUUUGAGAUCACGCGAGGCUAUCUGGCCCCUGAUGGGGUCGAAUUGGAGGUUCUCUAUGUGAACGGCGCAUAUCCUGGUCCUACCAUUGAAGCAAACUGGGGCGAUACCAUCCAAGUCACAGUCACGAACAGCAUUACGGGCCCUGUGGAAGGCACAUCCAUCCACUGGCAUGGGCUGUUACAGUCAGGCACUCCCUGGGAGGAUGGUGUGCCUGGGAUCACGCAAUGCCCUAUCGCUCCCGGACAAACCUUUACUUACACGUUCAAUGCUGAUCUCUACGGCACUUCUUGGUAUCACUCUCACUUCAGUGCCCAGGCUGCUGGUGGCGUUCUUGGCGCAAUCGUCGUUCACGGACCCCAGAAUGCUGUCUACGACGAGGAUCUUGGACCGGUCAUCCUAUCAGAUUACUUUCAUGCGGAAUAUAGCACGAUAGUAGCAGACGUUAUGAGCACAGACCUCUCCAAGAUUCGGCCAUUUGCGGACAACACUCUCAUCAACGGCAAAGGGUUCUACGACUGCUCCUCAAUGGAAGAUAACUCGACUUGCACACCCAAUGCUGGUCUCUCCAAGUUCCAAUUCAACUCCGGGGAAUCUUAUCGACUACGGCUUAUCAAUGCUGGCUCUGCUGCUACACAGGUAUUCAGUAUCGACAACCAUACACUUACCGUAAUCGCAAACGACUUUGUCCCUAUUCAGCCAUAUACCACCGACUCCGUCACCCUCGGGGUUGGCCAGCGUGCGGACGUGAUUGUUCAAGCCAUCGGGUCUCCCAGUUCCGCGGUCUGGAUGAGAUCCAUAGUCCCAGCACGCUGUGGCAGUACCACACAACCUGUGGGUCUCGGAAUCGUCUACUACCAGAAUGCGAACACCACUUCCGAACCAGCCUCAAAAGCAUGGCCCGUCGACGAGACGCAGUGCGGCAACGACCCGCUGAGCCAGACGGUCCCAUAUGUCCCCAUUACGCCACCAAAGUCGACCACGACGAUCCAGGUUGACCUGAAUUUUGAGAUCAACGCCACUGGGCACUUCCUAUGGACCAUGGACGGCUCGACUUUCCGUACGGAUUACAACCUCCCUAUUCUCCCGCUCGCAAUCGCUGGCAAUGACAGUUUUCCCGAGGAAUGGAAUGUGUACGACUUUGGCAGCAACACGAGCUUCACCAUUGUCGUCAACAACGACAGCCCUCUCGUGCAUCCCAUGCACAUUCACGGCCACAACAUGUUUCUCUUGAACCAAGGCUCUGGCCGUUGGGACGGUAGCGUCGUCAACCCUUCAAAUCCAAUGCGACGGGACACUGUCCAGCUUCAACCGGGCGGGUACAUGGCAUUUCAACUUGAUGCGGACAACCCCGGCGUAUGGCCUUUCCACUGCCACAUCUCAUGGCAUGUGAGCGCCGGCUUGUAUAUGAAUAUCCUGGAGCGAACCGACCUUCUCCCAUCAGCCGAGAUCCCUUCCAGCGUCAGUGAUCUUUGCACCGCAUGGUCUGCCUAUACGGCCGAGGGUCCGAUUGAUCAGAUCGACUCGGGCUUGAGGAAGCGUGGCCACAACCACCUCGGACGCCAUAAUCACGCAAAUAUUGUCCGAAGGUCGUUGUAAAGAAAGAACCCAGUGGGUGGAGAGUGCCCGUUCCAGGCCGUUCUGGUUCUCGGAUCUUGACCAUAUAUUCACAUCAGUCUGGGACGACGGGCUAUGUGUGUGACUACAGAAACGGGGCACUGGGAAGAUUCGUUCAUGGAAGUUUGGCACGCAAUAUAACAUUCUUUUUGAGACUUUUGUAGCAAGUAGAGAAAUAUUCAAGCAUCAUGG